AUGGGCCAAGGAGGGCAGCCCGAGUAUUGGCCCAUCUUUAAUUGUGCAUUUGUGGAGACGACCCAAGCGUACAACUGCACGGACCUGGAGAACAACCAGAGGCUGUUGAAGGCGCUGAAAGAUGAAGCACGUGAGACAGUGAAGUCGCUGCUGAUUCACCCUGCGAACGUCAGAGCCGUAAUGGAGCAGUUGCGCUUUAGGUUUGGCCGACCGGAGCAGCUUAUACGCAGCCAGCUGCACAGCGUGCGAGAGGUGCCGCCGAUUCCGGAGCAGAACCUGGCGAGAACCUUCGCAACUAGAGAGCUUGUGGCAAAGCUUCCCACCAGCAAACGAGUGGAUUGGGCCAGGCACGCUGCAUCGAUCGAGCCCUUUCCCACUGUAGCGCACUUCAGCGUGUGGCUACAGGAGUACGCAAACAUUGUGUGUACGAUUUUGGACGUCGAGGGAAAGGAGCCGAGGCGUCGAGUUCUACACGCGAGCGUCGACCAGGACGGAUACGAGCAGCGGGAUGACCGGCAUAGAGGUUGUCCAAUUUGUGGAGGGCAACAUGCUACGACGAACUGCAGGGAGUUCAUCGGAGCCUCGUCACCGGGCAGGUGGAGCAUGCCAGUGGAGGCGCCCGUGCAGACGAAUUUAAGUAUUGACGUCGAAGGAGGCCGACUUUUGUUCCGGAUACUGCCAGUAACGCUGUACGGAGCUGGUCGCCAGGUGGACACAUACGCGCUGUUAGAUGAAGGAGCCUCCGUCACGAUGAUCGAUAACGAGCUACGGAGGGAUCUGAGAUUGCAGGGCGAACAUCGACAGCUGAACAUCCAAUGGUUGGGAGGAAGAGCCUGCAGGGAGCCUACCAACGUGGGCGUGCAAAGGGAUUCGCUACUGCCGAUGAAGCCCUACAGCAACGUGGUGCCGAUGUUGCUAAUCGGACUGGACCAUGGUCAUUUGGGAUUGCCACUUAGGACGAGGCGGUUUGCCAGAGAGGGACCGUAUGCGGCCGCAACCGAGCUUGGGUGGGUUGUGUUCGGGCCAGUAAGUGGACAGUCAACUACGCCGUCACCGAGGUCCUGCCUUCUAGACGUGUCAAUGGACAACACGAUGGAAAAGAUGGUGGAGGACUUCUUCGACAUGGAAAGCUUUGGUGUAAAGCUCGCGCCAUCGGUCGCAGCCAGCGACGACGCGCGGGCCCAAAGGAUCCUCGAGGACACCACGGUGAAAGUGGGGCGUCGCUACCAGUCGGGAUUGCGCUGGAAGGAUGACCACGCUGUGCUGCCACGGAGCUACGAGAUGGCGCACAGACGGCUAAUCAACGUCGAGAAGAAGUUGAAGCGAAACGGGCAGUUGCCUCUGGAAUUCGACCGUAUCAUCAAGGAUUACCCCGGUAAGGUCCGGCUUGUGUUCGAUGCUGCAGCUAAGGUUGGAGGAACCUCACUCAAUUCGGCGCUGGACAAGGGGCCACAGCACUACAAGCCCUUGCCAGCUGUGCUCUUCCACUUCAGAAAAGGAACAGUCGGAGUGUGCGGGGACAUCAAGGAGAUGUUCCACCAAGUGCUGAUCCGACCCGAGGGUCGAUGUUCCCAACGGUUCCUCUGGAGAGAUGGCAACGACGAUCGAGAGCCGGAUAUAUACGAAAUGAACGUAAUGACAUUUGGAGCAGCCUGCUCCCCAAGCACUGCGCACUACGUCAAGACGGUGAAUGCCUUGAAGUUUCGGGAUUCAGAUCCGAGGGCAGUCAAGGCCAUCAUCGACCACCAUUACGUCGAUGACUACGUGGAUAGUUUCGAUACGGAGAGCGAAGCUAUUGAGGUAUCUACCCGAGUGAAGGAGAUACACGCGGAGGCUGGAUUCGAGCUAUGCCAGUUCUUAUCCAGCUCACCCAUCGUGGAAGCGGCGUUGGGACCACCUGGACAAGUCAAGAGCGUCGCAUGGGGUGAGUCUGAGCAGAAAAUCCUUGGAAUGCGUUGGCAGGUAGCAACGGAUGACUUCAGAUUCAACGUGGAGUAUCAUCGAGUGCCAAAAAGCGUCCUAAGUGGAGAGCGAGUCCCAACAAAGAGGGAGUUUUUGAGCCUGCUGAUAUCAACGUUCGACCCAUUGGGGUUGUUGCUGCGGGAGAUCUGGAGGCAGAAGAUCCAGUGGGAUGAACCGCUGCCGGAGGAGAUAGGCAGAGCCUUUGCUGCCGCAGAAAGGACGUCGCCAACUCGAGCGAGAUUCGAAGUCUGGCGCCUUACGUGGACAAAUAUGGAGUUCUGCGAGUUUAUGGCAGAGUCGAUGCCGCGCUGUCCGUGCCGUACAGUGCGAGGAGGCCUGUGA